AUGCAGCUCUGGGAACAGAGAAAAGGGUUUGUCAGGGCAGAUGACCUAAAACCAUUCCUGUAUAAAAAAUUACCAAGAGUUGGCGGGCUCCGUGCUAUUGUUGUGUCAGAUAGAGAUGGAGUAACUGUUACUAAAGUGGCCAAUGAUAAUGCCCCAGAGCAUGCUUUAAGACCUUGUUUCUUGUCUUCUUUUGCCCUUGCAACAGACCAAGGGAGCAAACUUGGACUAUCAAAAAAUGAAAGUAUUAUCUGUUACUAUAACACCUACCAGGUGGUUCUAUCUAAUCGUUCACCUUUGGUGGUGAGUUUCAUAGCCAGCAGCAGUGCCAACACGGGACUGAUUGUCAGCUUAGAAAAGCAAUUUGCUCCAUUAUUUGAACAACUGAGACAAGUUUUGGAAAUUUCUUAA